GAGCGGUCCUGCAGCCGAGCAGAGAGACUCCGCCCCUUUCUGGGAUAAUCUCACUCCGGAAACCAACAGAUGAUUUCUGUGCUUUUUGAAGGAAGGAAGGGAAAAAAAACAACAACAAACCAGCUCCGUGAUCCAGAUAAUAAAAAAACCAGCUGGAAUUAAAUUGCUUCGUUUUUUGUUUUUUUUUCCUGGCCUUUUCGCCUGGAAUUGACCUGGCUCUCUGCACGUGCCCAGAAACGCUCUUUUCAUUGGAUUUCCAGACGGGUCUACUAGCAAAACUGGGCCAAAAUCAUUCCAGCUAAAAAACAAACAUUUUUUUUUUAAAAAAUUGCAAUAUGGAGAUUUCUCGUGGAGCGGCCGAAAGAAUUCAAAUGGGAUUUUUUUUCCUUUAGGAAAAGGCAACCCCUCCCCAAAAAAGACUUACUUUUCUUGAAUUGGGGAGGGGGGAGGGAGGGAAGUGGGAGUGAAUUUUGCCUGCAAAAAAUAUGCAUUUUAUAACGACUGGAAGCUGAUAAAUCCAGGGAUUGGAAUUGGCUUGGAUGUCGCCUGUGGGAAAGAAGCGGAAGUCAUCUCUCGUUUGUUUUCCUCCAUGUUCCUAGUCCUCAGUUUUUUAAAAACUAGAUAUAUAUAUAUAUAUAUAUUGUUUGGGCUGUUUUUUGGGACCACUUUCAUGAGUCUAAUUUUUGGGGGGUCAUGAUGCCCUCCCGCAGCGACUCCAGCUACUCUUUAACUGGCCGAACUUCUCACAGUUUUACGCAUCUGCGCGUCCGAAGGGCUUGGCUGCAAAUUAUCCUCCUCUUGGGGUUCAUCCAGAUGAUCUUGGGAGUCCUCAUCGUGACGCUGAGUUUGCUGGUCACCACUUCCAUCCCAUCUCAGCAUCCCAUUGGGAAUUCCUGUCCCAUCUGGGCCGGGUUUCCGCUGGCAUUCUCCGGUGUGGUUGGCAUCGUGUCAUGGAGACGCCCGUUCACCCCCGUGAUCACUUUCUUCACCCUGCUGUCCGUUUUAGGGGUGAUGCUCACCCUGGCCGGUUCUAUUUUAUCCUGCCAACACGCCCAGCAGGUGAAAUCCCUGGAAGUCUGUGAACGGAUAAGGCAGCGAGACGGAUCUUCGAUCCCAAAGGAGGUGGGAUGGCGACGGAGCCUGAAAGCCCAGACUAGUUUUCUGUAUAAGAAAUGCAUCUACUCGCCGUCCGAAUCGGGGAUUCCUGCCUGCGGCAAUAAAGCUGAAGUGGAUUCGAAUUGUUCCAGGGUUCUCCUGGUCCUGAAAGACUUGCUGUUCAGCAUCUGCGGCUUAACCAUCUUCUCCAUUGUUGUGUGCACCCUGUCCGCCAUCAUGUGUUGCAUCCAGAUUUUUUCGGUCGACAUUCUCCACGUGCUCUCUCCACCUCGGUCAAGUUCCGUCACUCUGGACUGUACAUCCCCUCCGGAUACUUACUUGCAACACAUGUUGGAUCUGGAUGAGUUUGUGCCCCCAGUUCCACCCCCUCCUUACUACCCCCCGGAAUAUACCUGCAGUUCAGAGACUGAUGCUCAGAGCAUUACCUACAACGGUUCCAUGGACAGCCCCGUUCCCCUAUACCCCACCGACUUCCCGCCAAGUUAUGAGGCUGUUAUGGGGCUCCGUGGGGACAGCCAGGUAACGCUGUUUGACUCUCAGUUUACGGAAACAUCGCAUGGGCCGUGUUCCUGCAACCAGGUGCCUUCCGUUGUGCUUAGCGGUGAAGCAAUUUCCGCGGACAGCAACUCGCUCAUCAUGUCGGAAAUCGUAGACAUUCCCGGGGACAGCAGCCCGUCCGAAGAUUCGUGCCUGCUGGAAGGGAGCGGAUCGGCCUGCUCGGUGGAUUACGUCCUCUUCCGCUCCAUCCAGCGCAGCCGAGCAGAUUACUGCCUGAGUGUCGAUUGUGGACACUGCGGGCUUCACCCGCAGGGCCCGUUCGAAGACAUCCCGCAGACACGUCUGCGGGGCGAGCGCUCCUUCUCCUGUUCCACGCCGGGCACGGUGUACGACGGCCUGCUGGAGGUCAGUAGUGCUCAGACCCACAGCUGCCACCGCCUGGAGGGUCUCGGCCACAGCAUGGGACCCUGUUUUCCUGAGGUUCGUGUGAAGCCCAAGUUGACGGUAUCGACCCGCAAAGAGCCCAGGCGACCGCGCCGCAGCAGCGAAACCUCCUGCCAGUCACCCGUGAUCCGUUGUCCGCUGCUGCGGUCCCACAGUGACCCUGGGAUGGCCGUGUCCAGGGAGUCUGAAACCGAUGACCACGAAGUAUUUUGCACGAAAGGGUCUGGAGACGACGCUUCUAAUUCCUCAGCGGAAACAGGGCCGUGUUCGGAGGCGUGGCCCUCGCACCCGUCGUUCUGUGACCCACUCUUUCUGGCUCAUGUGGCCGGCAAAUCCAAGCUGGAGCUGCCCGCGAAGGUGCCCCACCAUCUCUCAAAGACUAUCACGCGGUCUCUGGGGGACCUCAAGGCGUGCCGGGGGUCUCGCGGCCUGAUGGCCCGUUUCCUGCACCGAUCCAAACGGAACCUGACCUUGCCGGGCGCGGAAAUGAGUUCACGCGGGAACAAGCAGGUGUUAAGGCUGGGGAGUCCAUCCAAUGGCAUCCAUCUGCAGAGCUGUGGAGAUCUGAAUUCGACCUCCCCUUUACGGCGUCUACUGUCUGGUCGCCGGCUGGAUCAAAGACGUCCCUGCAGCCUGAGUGGACUUCUGCGAGAAAGCAAUCUCUGAAGACCGGCUCCGAUGCUUGUCCUCUGCGGAAGAGGAUUUGGAGCUAAAAACCGGCCACGAGAUGGACAUCUGGUGGACGUCCUUGCCGUACAAUGUCCAGGAAUGGCCUAACAGGUUGCCCGACACCGUUGCUUGGAAAUUAUUCCGCCUCGCUCAGGAUACAUGCGAAACCAAAGUGGGGAGUCUCGUGCUCCCGCACGGUGAUCUUCAAAAAUUAUUUCGAGGGGAGGAACCACAAAAUUUGAGGGGGGUCAGGAAGGAGGGCUCGCCUAGCUGCUGGCGCACCAAGAGGGCAGAACCGCUGACCCCUGCUACCUAACACAACAGUUGACUCUUAAUUUUAAGGGCUUCACCGACACUCGUUCUGGAGUCCCGGUUAUCUGCGCGCUGUGAUAAUCCGGCGAGCUGUUCUAAAACGAGAGAUCCCCUUGAACGUAUUUCUUACGUCUCAGCGGGAAAGACUGAUCCAAAGGCUUGGAUGCACCACUGAACCCAUAAUCCUUUCGUUCUAUCCCGGAUUCACUGCCUCUGAGAUGCUGUUCCUGUUAUCCACGAUACGUCUGCAGUGUCGCGCUGUUCGGUUCCUUGUACAUUCGUUUCUCGCAUUUGUCCCUCUUUUGUGGAUACCUCACUUUAGUGCUGUGCCUUUUUGGGGUGCUUCCCUCGGAGAGGCCAUCAUGGACUGGGAGGGGACCCAGUUGAAUUUGGGGGGGCGAGAGAGGAGACGCCACAAAAGCAGGCCCAAAAUAGUUCGGGUCACGGUUUGAGGGCACCCGCUUUCCCAGAAUAGACUUCCCCUCCCCUUGGAGGGUCCUCAGAGUAAGAAAUUAUGUCAAUUCCAGGGCCUCAACCAAUCCCUUGGACGAGAAGAGGGGUUACUGGUACAGAUAGUCCUCGACUUACGACCACACUGAAGCCCAACAUUUCUGUUGCUAAGCCAGACAGUUACUAAGUGUGUUUUGCCUCAUUUUACGACCUUUCUUGCCACAGUUGUUAAGGGAAUCACUGCAGCUGUUAAGUUAGGAACACGGUUGAAUCUGGCUUCCCCAUUGACUUUGAUGUCGCAAAAUGGAGAUCGCGUGACCCUGGGACACUGCAACUAUCAUAAGUACGAGUCAGUCGCCAAGGGUCUGAUUUUUGAUCACGGGGAUGCUGCAAUGGUCGUUAAGUGUGAAAAUGGUCCCGAGUGACUUUUUUUCAGUGCCGUUGUAUCUUCAGUCUCUAAACAAACUGUUGUAAGUCGAGGACUACCUGUAGUAAGAAAUUUACAACAAUUCUGGGGCCCAGAAGCUUCCUCGGACGAGAAAGGGGGUCAGCGGUAGCUCUGUUCUCUUCCCGCUAUUGCAAAAUUCACAUAUUUUGCUUUCCGGCUGGAGAUUUUGCAAACGGAGGCGAGACCUCAAAAUUUUUAGAUUUCCCCAAAGAUUUUUUCCCUCCAGUUUGGCAUGUCCUCUUGACUCCAAACUCAGUUGGGGUUCCCAGUUUUUGGAAGGCGCAUGUGGUAAGAUCUCGCCGUCACCUUUCCCGACUUUCUCAAUCUCGGGUGCGGGGGAGUUGGGUGAGGGUGGUGAUUGAGGAUUGCCAACUCUCCCCCACCCCUCCGGUGCCUCUGCUCUUUAACCAAGCCUGCAUGUACAACCCAGGGGAGGCACCCACCUAUGAAAUCUCUCCGCCGUUUGGAAAGACAAGAGGAUUCUCCGCAGAGGGGAACAGUUGGCAGCCUUCCUUGGCUGCGCCGGUUUUUGAGAUGCACAAAUGUCUCGCCUGAGAAAAGACAAAUAAAGCCAUAUCUUAAA